CCUGUCUGGCUGCUUGUAGAUGUUCUUGUCUUGUGCGUGUGAAUAACACCUGCGAUUAUUUUCCUUGCGCAUUUGCUGACGGCUCUACGAAGACCCAACCCCCGUAUAAAAACAUCUUUUAAAAGAGACCAGUUCAUCUGAUCUCUUACCAAGGAACUGCUGUGCUGUGCUGUGCUGUGCUGUGCUGUUGUAUUUUUUAUUUAAAGGACAAUAAUCCCCAACGUGUUUCUUGGCUCUCGGCUCUGGUCGUGUUUUUAAUUUAAUUGAAUUUUUUUGGGGAGAUAUGGAGCCUGGUAGAGUUGUUCGGCUCCUCCUGUUCCUCACCCUCUCGUUCCUGUGGGAGAAUUCCCAAGCCCUGGAUUCUGCCUCGGACUUCUCCUACCUGGGAUCAUCCUUCAGUCUGGAGCCGUCCGGCGGAGAGAACAGCAUGGAGGUGCUUCUGCGCUACAGAGUCCUGUCCUCCUCUCCUUGCCCUGCUGCUUCGAAGGGACUAUGCGGGGUGCUGAACUGCACCUCCCCCUCUCAGCAGGGGGCGCAAGGGAGCAGCCCCGCCCCAGGCUGGUGCCAGGCUCAGGGGGAGGUCGUCGCCCGCACUGACCGCUCCUCCACGCUGCAGCUCAGCUCUUCUGGGUGUUGCUGGUCCCAGUCCGUGGCUCCUCGUCUCCAGUUUGUCCUGCCGAUGAGGGUGGAGCUGGGGGUGCGAUCUGACACCGGCUCUCCUAACAGCCCCCCGCAGGCUGCCCUCCUCCCGCCUGUCAGGUUACCCCAGAACUGCGCGACGUCCUUCAACCUGAGUGUGUCGGACCGCGAGGGAGACGUGGUGAGGUGUCGCUUCGGGCAGCGAGCGCGGGCGGAGUGUACACUGUGCUCCCGGCAAGCAUUCCUGCAGCUGGACGAGGAGCUGUGCAUGCUGUGGUACACUGGUGGGGCUGCUCAGGGCUCCUACGCUGUGGAGCUCAUUGUGGAGGACUACCCCAGAGCAGCAGUGACUCUGACACACACCCAGGGGACCCGCACCAUUCCUCCGUACUCCUCUACCGGAGCACCCCUGAGCUCCACGCCACUACACUUCACUGUCACAGUGGAGGGAGAAUCCUCGGAAUGCAAGCCCGGAUUGGCCCGUCCCGGAUUCACGGAGCCCACUCCAGCCAAUGGGGAGACAGUAUCCGUGCUGCCCUACGAUGAAGUGGCGUUCACCAUCAGCGCCGUCAGCUCCGAUAUGGUGUCCGAUAUUGCGGUUCUGGGCCCCCCUGGGCUGGUGCUGUCCAAACUGUGGGAGGGACAGAGAGCCGGGGUCCGCGUGGUGUCGGCCAAUGUGAGCUGGACCGGAACCAGCAGGAAGGACCCCAGAAGCAAACCCAUCUGUUUCAGUGCCAGCACCAAGAGGUUUCAGUCUGAGCCCAGAUGCAUUUGGAUUGCACAACAGGUGACCAUAGCGCCGCCCCCAGGGACAGUGCUGCAGUGUCUGGAGGAGCGGAUGAAGCUGUUCCUCCCCCGAACCGCCCUCCCCCAAAUCGGAGAGAGUGACCUACAGCUCAUCGACCCCGCCUGUAACAUCACAGGAAACUCCACCCACUUCCUGCUGGACAUCCCUCUAACAGGCUGCGGGACCAGGAUCCAGGAGGAGGACUCGUACCUGGUGCUGGUGAACGUGGUGUCGAGCCGGGUGUCGAGCCAGGCCCCAGGCGCUGUGAUCACGCGCAUCCCCUCCCUGCGCUUCCCACUGGCCUGUCGCUUCAAGGCGGGGGGCCAGGUGACCGGGGAGGUGUCUGUACCCCAGGGGCCCAAGGACGAAGCCUUCGGAAAAUUCACCUUCGACAUCAAGUUCCGCAGGGAGCUGCCGGCCGCGGUGGGUGCUGCACGGGUAGGGGACGUGGACAAGAUGGACACGCCCUUCGAGCUGGACCCCAGCAAGCCGCUCUACCUGCAAGUGAACGCCAGCUGCAACAUCACCGGCGUGGAGCUCGUGGUGGAAUCCUGCUGGAUCUCCGAGACCAAGAACACCACAAGGAGUGGAGACAGCUCCUUCAUAGAUCAGGGGUGUAUGGCCGCUGGGGGGAAGGUUCAGCUCGUAUUGGAUGAGCUCAAUGAGAAGAUCUACCAGAUCAACCUGACCUCCCUCAUCCCGGCUCGCAUCGUCCCUGAGGUUUAUAUACACUGCUCUGUGAAGCUGUGUAUGACGAUGUCCAGUGAGACUCGCUGUCCCUCUCUCUGCCCCUCCCGCUCCUCCUCCGAAUCCUCCUCCCGCUCCUCCCUCCUGCGCCAGUCCCUGGAGUCCAGUCUGUUCACAGUCAGCGCCGGUCCGAUCCGACUCGGCAUCAACUCCACCAUCACCGAUACCGUACAUCCAUUAUCAUACUCUCCAUUAUCAUCCUCUUCAUCAGUGCCCUCUUCCAGCGCCGAAGUUCCGAACCGUGUUGGCAUUGCCGUCGGGGUGGUUCUGGGGGCCGCGGUGCUCCUGAUCGUCGGUCUGCUGCUGAUUAAAACAUUCCUCGGGAUUCGGAACAGACGCAAGCUCGGGCACUACCGCCUGCAGGAGUGACAGAGACACACACACAAACAGAAAGGCACACACACAUACACACACUGACAGAGAGGCACAGACACAUACACACUGACAGAGAGGCACAGACACACACACACACUGACAGAGGCACAGACACAUACACAUACACACUGACAGAGGCACAGACACAUACACACUGACAGAGGCACAUACACACACACACACACACACACACACUGACAGAGGCACAGACACACACACACACACUGACAGAGGCACAGACACACACACACACACACUGACAGAGGCACAGACACACACACACUGACAGAGGCACAGACACAUACACACUGACAGAGGCACAUACACACACACACACACACACACUGACAGAGGCACAGACACACACAUACACACACUGACAGAGGCACAGACACACACACUGACAGAGAGGCACAGACACAUACACACACUGACAGAGGCACAUACACACACACUGACAGAGAGGCACAGACACAUACACACACUGACAGAGGCACAGACACACACUGACAGAGGCACAUACACACACACUGACAGAGAGGCACAGACACACACACACACUGAUGGAGAGGCACAGACACAUACACACACUGACGGAGAGGCACAUACACACACACUUACAGAGAGGCACAGACACAUACACACACUGACGGAGAGGCACAGACACAUACACACACUGACAGAGAGGCACAGACACAUACUCACACUGACAGAGGCACAGACACAGACACACACACACACAUAUAUAUAUAUAUAUAUAUAUAUAUAUAUAUAUAUAUAUAUAUAUAUAUAUAUAUAUACAUAUGGACAGAGACACAAAAGCAGAAAUACACUGAUAUACUCUCACACAAAGACAGACCGAUACACACUCAUGGCGUCUGCAAGAAACACAGACCUUUACAUCUGCUUGGGUGGUUUGCAUUGACAGUGGGUCCGACAAUGAAGCAAGUGCAGAGGUGCUGCACAUUCUCCAGAGCAGUUAGAUCCAUUCCUGGUUUCGCUAGGAGUUUCAUGAGACACACCGUGGCUAAUCAAGCUGCUAGUAAAACCUGGAGUGGGUACACUGCUAUGCAGUAGGAGUCUGGUUGCUUAGGUAACAUGAAGGCUGCUCUUGUUUCAAGCCAAACCCCUUCUUGUUCUGUAUUAUUUUGCAUCUUGCAUUAACAGCAGGUGCUGUGGAGUGACUCCUGCCAGAUUUACUGCUGCUGCUGCCUAAUGUGAGCGACACUCAGGGGGGCUUGAAUUUCAGGGUUUACUUUACAUAACAUUUCCGGGGAAUGGGUGUUUAUUUUAAAAAAUGUAUAAUAAUAAUUCCUGUGUGAGCAUAUAUAUUAAAUAGUCUAUUGAUUUGAAAAGCA